AUAUAUUUCAAGCCAGGAUGUAUGUUUAUCUUUUUUUUCCCCCUGGUUCAAGAUAACAAGAUUUUUGUUGUUGUUGUUUUGGGGAAGAACAUAAUGCAACCUGGAAGCAAUGCGACGAAAAUGAAGAAAGAAAAAUGACAGAUUUGUCACUCACAAUUUAAUCAGCCUCUCAUGGCCAGCUGCAGUAUCAGCUGGGAGCUACAAACUCUACAACUCUGGGACUUUUAAACCAGUGUGGGAAGUGGUUGGUGCUUUAUUUCGGCAUGGAUUUGAAAGGUAUCAUCAUCUGAAAAACUACCAAAGUCUGUACUGGGACUGAAAAUGAACUAAACAUGGUCGAUUCAAGCAAUACUUCAGAAAGUAUCUGUGAUACCAAUAAAAUCAUUACACAACAAAUUAUUCCAUUGAUCUACGGUUUCAUCUUUAUAGGUGGAAUACUGUUAAAUUCAGCGGCAGCUUGGAUCUUUCUUCACAUUCCUAGCAAGACAAGUUUUAUUGUUUAUCUCAAGAACAUUGUCAUAGCCGACCUUAUUAUGAGCUUAACUUACCCUUUUAAAAUUAUUUCUGACUCCAAAAUUGGACAUUGGCAGCUCAACGUUGUUGUCUGCCGCUUUUCUGCUGUCAUCUUUUACCUAAAUAUGUAUAUUAAUAUAGUAUUAUUUGGACUCAUAGGCUUUGACAGAUGCUUUAAAGUAAUGAAGCCCCAAUUCAGCACUUCGGCUUACAAUGUCCAGUGUAGCAAAAUUAUAUGUCUGGUCAUAUGGCUGCUACAGAUUGUUAUCUCUGUUCCCAAUAUUAUUUUAACAAACCAAACUCCUACAGAAAACAAAUCAAAUGACUGUAUGAAGCUCAAAAGCCCUCUUGGAGUCCGGUGGCACACAGCUUCAAACUAUACAUGCUUAGGAAUUUUCUGGAUUGUGUUUUUUCUCCUAAUAGUCUUCUACAGUUCCAUUGCCAAGAAAAUAUAUAUUUCACACCAAAAAUUUAAGAGAAACUCCAUGCUGGCAAAGAAAAAGACCAACCGAAACAUUUUCACAAUCAUGCUUGUGUUUAUCAUUUGUUUUGUUCCAUACCACCUGAUCAGAGCCCCAUAUACAUUGAAACAAAUCCAACCUAAUUACAACUGUAACAUUAAAAAUAUACUGUUUUACCUAAAAGAACUUACACUGCUACUGUCUGCUGCAAAUGUUUGUCUUGAUCCAGUUAUUUAUGUAUUCCUUUGUCAACCGUUUAAGGAAAAACUGUACCAAAAAUUGCACCUGAAAGUUAAAACAUCUGAAGAGUUCGAAAAUUCUAAAUCAAGAAAGUCAAAUGCUAUUGUUGAAACAGUUACUAUUUUAUAAAUUCCAAUAGCAAGCAUCUUCAACAUUAUGGAGAUGUGGGCAUGUUGUUGAAUUAAAGAAUGACCAACAAAAUAAAGAAUAUUUGCCCUACUUGAUCAUUGCUGUAAUAUUUAUCCCGGAACCCCUCUCCUUACACAAUUGAUUACUCACUCAAUUACUCAACUAGUACUCUAUUUACAACCAUAGUUGGGACUAAAAUUUCCAUUGCUAAGCAAGGUAAUUGUUAAGUGGGUUGCGGCCAAUUUUAUGAUGUUUUUUGCCUUUGUUUUUAAGUGAAUUGCUGCAAUUGUUGAGUGAAUCUGGCUUCCUCAUUGACUUUCUUGUUAAAGGCCAGCUGGGAGGAUCACAAAUGUUGAUCCCAUGACCCUGGUUGCUGCAACCAUUGUAAAUACAUGCCAGAUGCAAGUGCCCGAAUUUUGAUGACCUUGGGACUGCUACACCAAUUGCAAAUGUGAGGAACCACUUGUAAGUCACUUUUCUUCCAGGUCUUCUAUAACUCU